ACAGCCAGGCACGUAGAUCUGUCACAACACUGGAAGAGUCGGUUUCCAGAGAAAAAGCAGCAGCUGAUUGUCAGGAUGGCAGGCAGGCGCUCUCUCCCCGAGGUGGACCUCACCUGUCCCGUCUGCUGCGACAUCUUCAGGGACCCGGUGGUCCUCAAGUGCACCCACAGCUUCUGUGCACCCUGUCUGCAGCAGUACUGGAGUCGCCACCAACGAAGCCGCGACUGCCCCCUGUGCAGGACCCAGAGCGUGGACGAUCCGGUGUCCAGCCUCACCCUGAAGAACCUGUGCGAGUCCUACCUGCUUGAGCACGAGGGUCCGGAGGAAGCGGAAUCAUCAUCAUCAGAGGCAGCGGGGGAGCUGUACUGUGAUCCGGGGGAGAUGUGCCUCGUUCACGGGGAGAAGCUGAAGCUUUUCUGCCGGGCGGAAGAGGAGCCCAUCUGUGUGGUUUGCCACACGUCGAGGAAACACAAGCAGCACGACUGCUGCCCCGUGAGCGAGGCAGUCGUGGAUGUGAAGGAGAAAAUGAGGUCCGCCCUCAGCUCACUGAAGGAGAAGAGGGAUGCUUUUGACAAAAUGAAGAAGAACUACGAGGACACUGUGGAACACAUUCAGGUCCAGGCUCGAUACGUGGAAAGACGGACCCACGAGGAGUUCGAAAAACUUCACAACUUCCUCCACGCCGAAGAGGAAGCCAAGAUGGAAGCGCUGAAGAGGGAGGAAAAGCAGAAAAGUGACGAGAUGAAGCAGAAGAUUGAAGAAAUGGAGAGAAAGAUAUCGUCUGUGUCCGAAUCCAUGAGAGUGUUGGAGGAGGAGAUGGCUUUGGAAGGCAUCUCAGUCCUUCAUAAUUGCAAGAAUACACUGGCGAGAGCUAAUCGUCCCAUUGAAGAUCCAGUAAUGGCUCCAGGAGCUCUCAUCGAUGUGGCCAAAUACUUUGGCCCGUCAAUGUUCCGUGUUUUGAAGGAGAUGCAUGAAAUCACCAAAUACACCCCGGUCACCCUGGACCCCAACACCGCCGCCCCGUGGCUCGUCCUGUCGGAUGACCUCACCAGCGUCCGUGACAGCGAGGAGAAGCAGAAGCUGCCCGACAACCCGGAGAGGUUCGACCCCGACACCGCCGUGCUGGGCAGGGAGGGCUUCAGCUCAGGAAAGCACGCCUGGGACGUGCACGUGGGGGAGAACACGGCGUGGGUCGUCGGCGUGGCCAAAGAAUCCGUCCAGAGGAAGAAGAAAGUGUCUUCGGUGCUGAACAACGGCUACCUGUGCGUGUACUAUUACCACAACAUGUACUUCGCAGGCACCUCCCCUCUGACACGACUGGGCCUGAAGAAGAGCCCGCAGAGGAUCAGAGUGCUGCUGGACUGUGACAAGGGCAGAGUGUCUUUCUAUGACCCGCAGAACGACACGAACAUCUACACCUUCAAACACGCCAUCACUGAGAGAGUGCUGCCCUACUUCUGGGUGGGCUGUCAGAAGUGUCCUUUGACAGUUGAACCAGUCAAAGUUUGCCUGAAAGCUGUUGAGCAUUGCUGAAGCACAAAACUAACAGAAACUUUCUUUAAAAAAAAAAAAGAAAAUCACUUUUCUGCACUUUCUUUCCAUUCAUUGCAGCGUCCUGACUUUUUUCAAUUUAAAACACACUGAAUACUAUUUUAACCAUAAAAUUCAGUGAUUGGUUAUUGUAAGUAGAUUUCUGUGUUUCUUGCACUAUUUGUUUUGGGAUUAUUCUCAAAAUUGCUGACGUAAAAGACAAUGUAAGCUUAUGUUUUGGGGUGUAAAAAGGUACCAGAGAAAUGUGUUGAAGCUUGAAAGCUGAUUAUGCAUGUGAAAAUCGUCCUUCCUGUUUUUGGAGCUCAUGUUGAUCCAUAUUAACGAAACAAAACUGUGCAAUUACUGCUGCUGUUUGACACUACUAAUUUACUAAUAAACUGUUUACAAGUGCCA